AUGAGGAACCAUACCAAGCAGACAGAAUUCAUACUCCUGGGACUGACAGAAAAUUCUCAGUUACAGAUUGUAAUUUUUUUAUUUCUAUUUCUAAAUUACAUAUUGAGUCUGAUAGGAAACCUAACCAUUAUUACUGUCAUUUUGUUGGAUUCUCAUCUCAAAUCUCCAAUGUAUUUCUUUCUUCGUAAUUUAUCUUUCCUGGAAAUUUUUUUCACUAGUGCCUGCAUUCCCAAAUUUCUAUUCACCAUCAUAACUGGGGAGGAAAAUAUUUCCUAUGAUGACUGUAUAUCUCAGUUGUUCUUUUAUUUAUUCUUUGGGGUUACAGAAUUUUUCCUUCUGUCAGCUAUGUCCUAUGACCGUUAUGUUGCCAUCUGCAAGCCUUUGCAUUAUACAUCUAUCAUGAACAACAGAGUCUGUCAUAAACUUGUAAUCAGUGCUUGGAUAGGUGCAUUCCUAGUAGUUUUUCCUCCAGUGAUUUUGAUUCUGGAUCUAGACUUUUGUUCUUCAAAUGUCAUUGACCAUUUCAUUUGUGAUAUUUCUCCUCUUCUGCAACUUUCUUGCACAGACACACACAUUCUAGAAAUCAUUGUCUUUAUCUUAGCAGUGAUUACUCUUAUUAUCACUUUGUUAUCUGUAAUACUUUCUUACACUUACAUUAUCAAGACAAUUUUAAAAUUUCCUUCAGCUCAGCAAAAGAAAAAAGCCUUUUCCACUUGCUCUUCUCAUAUGAUUGUUGUGUCUAUCACAUAUGGCAGUUGCAUAUUUAUGUACAUAAAACCAUCAGCCAGUGAAAGAGUUACUAUAAACAAAGGAGUAGCUAUACUAAAUACUUCAGUUGCCCCUUUGCUGAACCCAUUUAUUUACUCUUUGAGGAACCAGCAAGUUAAAGAAGCCCUCAGAACUAUGCUUAGAAAGAUGUUUUCUUCUUCAGAUAAGUAA